AAUGAGACUGAGCGACAGGUGCGAUGCCAAUCGGUACGACAUGUAAGGCCGGCAACUGUAUAAAUACUGAGCCAUUAGUCGCAUGAUUUCUACAAUUAGUCUCAAAAACUAAAAAUAGUUUUCACUAACAAAACAAAUCCAAUAAUAAUGAACGCAUUAUCGGUGGUCGUGUUGGCAGUCAUAGCACUGGCCGGUCGUAUAGAGUCGGUGGAGAUCACGGACUGCGGUUCAGUGGACGGCAAAGUGACCGGCGCUACGGUCGACGACUGCGGGGUCGGCGACGAGUACUGUACCCUCAAGUCCGGCUCCACUGCCGGCAUUAACAUCAAGUUUGACUCGAGUGUCGACACGGCCUCAGCAAAGGUUAAACUCUGGGCUGUUAUUGCUGGACAAACAAUUGAGUUCCCGUUUUCGCAAAGCGACGCGUGUAAGGACUGGGGUGUCCACUGCCCAGUAGCCAAAGCCAGUCACCAGGAGUUUAAGCUUAAGAUGCCGGUCGAGACCUCCUACCCUAAAGUGAAACUACACAUCCGAGUGGGACUGGAGGACGCCAACGGAAAGCUACUUAUUUGCCAAGAGAUCCCUGCUGAAAUCAAGUAAACCCUUAUACAUUAUAAACACAAUCGCAUUUAAAUAAAGUAUGAAAUACUUUGUAAAAAAUAUUUAAUUAAUAAAAUAAACUCAGUUUUAUCGUAAAUACA